AUGCAUUCUCGACCGGAAGUCAAGCAGUACAAGUCACCGUUAUUCGCUGGCCCAGCGUUUCCAGAGAUUGCGAAAUACCAGAAGCAAUAUAUAGGUACCUUGAGAACCAGGUGUCCAGGGCAGUCCUACGCCGAAGCCGUUGGCCGAUCGCGGAGACCGCAACGCCAAGAACUUAUCUCACACGUGAUUGGUCAGAAGGUGGCCGCGCCGGUCAAUCGGGCACUAGGGAAGCAACGUGGAUUGGGUCGCAGGCUAUUCACGGAUUGA